AUGGCCGGAAAAUCAAGUAGAGGUCGCCAGAAAAUUCCGAUAAAGUGGAUUGAAGAUAAGGCUAAGCGUUCGGUAGCGUUCUCCAAGAGAAAAUCUGGAGUUUUGAAAAAGGUGAGUGAACUUUCUACUAUGUGUGGAAUUGAUAUGGCACUAAUUUUGUUCAAUGAAAGCGGAAAAGCCUUCUCUUAUGGCAAUCCUACUUUAAAUGUCAUAUUGGAUCGCUUUUUGGGCUUAGAUCCCCAAAGAGUGUUCAAUUCAGCAUCACGUAAAACCAUUGAGGCGCAAAAGAUUUCCUGUAUUCAAGAGAUGGAAGCUAAAAUAAUGAAUGGUGAAGCAAUGCUCAAACUUGAGGAACAACGUGCGAAAACGUUAUCACUAGAGAUGACUAACCAUGCUAUUGGGAAAUGGUGGGAACAACCAAUCAAGAAAAUGACCUUACACCAAAUACAAAAGAAGAUUGCAAGUAUGGAAAAACUAAAGAUGGUAUUCGAAGAACAGAAAAGGUUUAAGAGCAAUUGGAAUUCAUUGAAUCUUUUAGCCCUUACUAGUGUAAACCAAAUUAGUCAUAAGUGA